AUGGUAAGCGAGCAAGCGGAUGACUCGAAAGAGACGGGUGUGCUGCCGCGGUGCGGUAUAGAAGCCGGCGCGGGCGCAGCGUCGCUGAAAGCUUCGUUUAGCUUCAGUCCUCGCUCAAAGCUCGCUGUGUCAACACGCGCGGGCAGGCACGUGCCGCGUGAGGUCCUCCACGAAUUGUCGAACUGCUACAACAGUGUGACUGUGCCGUGGUGUUGUGUAUUGAUUUGCAUGUAUGUGGCAUACGUCUAUCGGACGGACUGUUACGAAGUGAGUUUUUCGCGGAUGCCCGACGGUCCCAUCGUUCUGCUCUUCAUUCCGGGAAACUGGGCCACGCAGCAGCCUCGGCUGUUGCAUGAAUGGGCAGGCCCGUCCGGG